AUGAAGUUCUUUGCCACCGCCACUCUCGUCUCCAUGGCAUCUGCUGCCGUAAUUCAACCUCUCGAGACUCGCUCCUACAACCCCUGCAGUGGCCUCACAUCUGAGCCUCUCUGUUGUGGCACCAGCGUCGACGGCGUCCUUGAGCUGGACUGCACUGCUCCCGGCGCCAAUCCUGACUCUGGCCCUGCCUUCCGGGAUUCGUGCGCCGAGGUCGGAAAGGCUCCUGGAUGCUGUCUGCUUGGCCUUGCUGGCCUUGCCCUCGUCUGCAACCCUCCCGCUGGAGUCUAG